AAUUGUUCAAGAAAACAGAAAUAUUAAGUAAAAAAGUCCCAAAAGUUUCUAACUAUUUCCGUUUCAGGAGUUCUUUUUCGACAACGUCACCACAGAAGAUCUGGACACAAAAAACGUUACGGUAGCCGCAUUUCAUCAUGGUGGAGCCAAACUGGGUAAAGAUCUAAUGAUUGGUGAGGCCACGAUACCACUUCGUGAAAUUCGCGAAUUGAAUACAAAGAAGGAGGUGAAAAUCAUCGAAGAGAUCAAGCAACAAAUACCUAAGAACACCGGUAGUAGCAUUGUUUAA